UAAAUGAGCUGGUUCUUAUUACGAAAAGUACAAUACAACGUGACUAUCCAAGGUCGUUCGAAAUUUUUGCGAUUGAAAAAGAAUAAUUACAUUUUGAAAAUUGAUUUAAAUUCAUUAGAAAAAGCUUUUCCGUUGGUUUGGCAAAUUUUCUGGAAACUUUAUUGAAAGAUUGAUACAAUAAGAAUUUGUUUUCAAACCGGGUAGCUUUCGUGGGGUUCUUUUAUCUUGAGUUUAAAAGCACUCUAAGUAAAGCAAUGUUUUCAAAAUUAUCAUCAUGUAGGAGUCAAUUUACUCUUUUAUUAAGGUCUUCUUGCUGCAUUAAAAAUGGACUAGUUCAUUCAACAGUUGGACACUCAAAGCUCAUGCAUAAGACAGCUAAAGAAGCGAAAUUGGAUAAUGUUGAUGAGAAUUUAACCAUUUUUGUUAAAGCCUCUGGAAAAUCUCUUGCACUUCCUCGGCCUAAGAAUUCUACAGAGAAUUACUCUCUUACUGUAGGUGAAAAAGUUUUAAAAAUUAACAACAGAGAAAUACCAGCCGAGGAUACUCAAGUCCAAUCUGUUGGAGAUUUGUUAUGGAGACAGGUUGGAGACUAUAAGAUUUCCGAAUUACCAAAAUACUAUAUGGCUCUUUCCAAACUUCGUUUAACAGGCCUAGUAGUUGCAACUGCUAUGGCAGGCUAUGCUUUGGCUCCCGAAGUAUUUUGUGUGUCUACUUUUGCCUAUUGUUCGAUUGGGACAGCGUUGACCUCCGCUGCUGCAAACAGUAUCAAUCAAUUUCUAGAAGUUCCUUACGACUCUCAAAUGAGCAGAACUAAAAAUCGAGUUUUAGUUAGGGGAUAUCUAAGUCCUCUUCAUGCUGUGAAUUUUGCAAUUGUAUCAGGCGUGACGGGGCUAACAAUUUUAGCCUUAGGCACAAACUUAUUGACAACAUCACUUGGAUUAUUAAAUCUUAUAUUAUAUACAGCAGUUUAUACGCCUAUGAAACGCAAAAGCCCAGCAAACACUUGGGUUGGCUCUAUUGUUGGAGCGAUUCCACCAAUAAUGGGGUGGACUGCUUGCGGUGGCGGUCUUGAACCUGGAGCAUUCUUAUUAGGAGCUCUUCUUUUUUCAUGGCAAUUUCCCCACUUUAAUGCUCUAAGCUGGAACUUGAAACAAGAAUAUUCACGAGCAGGAUAUCGUAUGAUGUCGGUUGUUGAUCCAGACAUGUGCAGGAGAGUUGCUUUAAGACACUCCGUCCUUAUUACUAUCUAUUGUUUAAUGGCCAGCCCACUAGAACUAACAAAUUGGAGUUUUGCAGUGGACUCUUUCAUCUUGAACAUGUGUUUAGUUUAUUUAUCAGCUAAAUUUUAUAAGGAUGCUGAUAGUAAGAGUGCUAGAAAGUUAUUUAGAUUUUCUUUGAUUCAUAUACCUGCAUUAUUUGUCCUAAUGUUAAUUAGUAAAAAAUGGAAAAGGACUGAAGAUAAAAACACUAAUACUAACACCCCAAAAACUGCUUUUCAACAAAUAAUUGAAAAUUAA